UACAGGGAUGACCAGAGACUGCGGACACAGUACAGGGAUGACCAGAGACUGCAGACACAGUACAGGGAUGACCAGAGACUGCAGACACAGUACAGGGAUGACCAGAGACUGCGGACACAGUACAGGGAUGACCAGAGACUGCGGACACAGUACAGGGAUGACCAGAGACUGCGGACACAGUACAGGAGAUGACCAGAGACUGCGGACAGUACAGGGAUGACCAGAGACUGCGGACAGUACAGGGAUGACCAGAGACUGCGGACAGUACAGGGAUGACCAGAGACUGCGGACACAGUACAGG